AUGAGCGUUCUUAUUUUAUUACUCAGAAAGAUAUUAAAGGAGAUUAGAGAGACAUCAAUCUAUCGAGGAUAUAGUGAUGAAGAGAUGAUCUAUUGUUUAGAGUUGUAUCGAUAUGAUGAUUGGACUGAUGUUGAUGGAAUGCUAAAGAAUGGUUAUUUUGGUUUGGUGAUCGAUAAGAUCAAAUGUGGUAUACCUGUCAAGUUUAAUAGUCUUACAAUGAAUGAUUUAUUGUCACAUGUGACUGAUCAUCAUCAAUUUGAAAUGAUACACAACUCACAAUACAAAGAUCAAAUUUACACAAUCGAGUGUAUGCAAAUUAUAUGUAAACUAGGACAUCUUGAUAUUGUCAAAUCAAUUCACCAACAAAAUGAACAACACAAGUACUACAGAGAGGUGUAUUUAAAGAGUUUGUUUGCUCCUGCAGCAAAUCGCAAUCAAAUACACAUCCUUGAAUGGUUAAAGGAAAUGGAUGUUAAAUUUGAUGGAUAUGGAGAGAUAUUCGACCAUGAUUCUUUGGGAUACAAAUGGUUGGUGAAUAACUUUCCACUGGCUCCGAUUAAAUUGGGAGGAGAAGAUAAGGAUCAUAGAAAGGUUCCUUCGAACUAUCCAACCCAACUACUGGCAAUCAAAGAUAUUGGUGAGAGAAUGGAGUCGAUCAGAUGGGCGCUUGGCAAACCAACAAUAGUAAAAUCAACAGACAUGGAAACUGUCAGGUGGGUUCAUGCAGAGAAUCAAAUCAUCAAUGACCUCAAAAUGAGGUUCCCUGCUGAACUGGUCGAUCAAAAUCCAUUGAUGAUACAAGAGUUGGUAUCUCUACACCUUUUGCUCGACCUCGCCAAUCGUGUCAAGUCAUCAGACACAUGGAACACAUACAACGAAGGUAGACCGGUUCCAGAGAUUCGACAGAGAGAUCUCAUCCAUAAACAUCUGCUUAGAAUGGAGUUGGAUAUGUGUCUUCAGUUUGAACUCUCUUUUAUAUCCGAGUCAAAUAAAAUCGAUAAACCAUGUCGAAACAAUAGUGACGCUGGCUCGAACAUACCAUCAUCCAACUUGUAUCUCCAAAAUCAAAAAGUAACUCCAGAUGACGCGAUAGCCAAAUAUGCAUUGUUCUCACAUCUUUCAUUGAUCAGUGAAGUUGUCUUUAACUUGCGCACUGUGUGUAGUAGAGAUGACGAUGAAGGUGUCGAGCUGGCCUCACACCUCAUCGACAAGUACAUUGCCGGCCGAGGAAGUAUAUAUGAUCUUGAAAUCAUAGUUAGGAAUGUACAAGUAAGGAAUGCAAAGAUGGCACGUAUGCUACUCGAAAAGGGAGCCAAUGACCUCAAGUAUUGUUGUUGUCACAGCUAUCCAAAUCUACAUCCAUUGGUACGACAAUUUCUCGAUGAAAUUGGACAUUCAGAGUGUUCAUCAUUGGUGACAUUCCUUUCGAGACAUGCAAGAAAGGAUUUGUUUUGUCAUCUUCCAGUGAAUGACGAAAACUUGUACAAAUGGGAGAAUGUCUUGCAACUCAAGUUUGGUGGAUGGCGACUAUUAAAACACAUGGCAUCACUCAAAAAGAAUAAUAGCAAUGAACCUUUAUUGUAUGACUACCAUUUCAUAGAGGACACUGAGAAGAGUUAUGCCGGAACAGAUAGCAGAUCAGUAAGGGUGACAGAGGAAUGUGGUUAUGCAAUCGGCAGGAAAGGAUCUAUUCAACUCUUUGACGUCAUGUGGUCGAUACUACUCCUUCAACCAAACCGAAGAGAAUGUCUAGAAGCCAUCAAGCACUUUUCCCUUAGUGCAGUUUCUCCUAAAAUAGAAUUUAUCGAUUAUGUCAACUCUUUGGAUGACGAUCUAUCUGAUGGUGAUGAUGAUGAUGACGAUCUAUCUGAUGGUGAUGAUGAUGAUGAUGAACGAUAA